AAAAAGGAUGAAAAAGACCCGUGGGUGUGCUUCCGCGUCCGUAAGUGCAUUUCUUCGAGAGAUAAGAGAUUUCUGGUCACCUCACUGACGCCUACGCGGAAAAAGCAAACAACUUUCGAUUUCUUUAAUCUCUUUUUUAUUUUCUUGUUUCUCAAAAGCCAAAAAAACCCCUAAAAUAAGAAACUUUUUUAGAAAAAAAAAUCUUUAACCAAACCAACACGAAUCAUCAAGUUUUGACCAUUUCUCCAUCAGUUCCAGUGUCAACUUCAGUUCUUCCCAUUCUUCUUCUUCUUCUUCUCCAAUCGCUCUCUCAAAUUCCCAACUUUUCCGUGCAGUUUUUUUUGUUUUCUUUUUAUAGUUGACGAAUUAGGAUUUUGAUUUUGAUUGUCGUCUUCUUCUUUCUUUAUUCUGUGUUCUCUAUAUUUUUAAUGGGGAAUCCUUGAUUUCUCUCUUUAUAUUCCACCAAAAAAGCAUCUUUGUUUCUUUAUCUAUCUGAUUGUUGUAUAGUUCUCAAUUCCAAUACCAAACAGAAUGAUUAAUCAAUCAAAAAGGGCCCAGCUUUGACAUAUCUCUCUCUCUAGCUAACUAGGGUUUUGUGAAAAAUCUCAAGUUUUUUUGUUCUGGGUUUGUGGAAAAAUGGGAUCUGCAAGUGGGUUUUACUCAAACGAAGAUUUUGAAUUGGAUCCUAAAUGGCUUGUUGAUCCUCGUCAUCUCUUUGUUGGUCCUAAGAUCGGUGAAGGUGCUCAUGCCAAAGUUUAUGAGGGAAAGUAUAGAAACCAAACAGUUGCGAUUAAGAUUAUUAAAAGAGGAGAGUCCCCUGAAGAGAUUGCUAAACGAGAUAACCGGUUUGCGAGAGAGAUUGCUAUGUUGUCUAAAGUCCAGCACAAGAAUUUGGUCAAGUUCAUUGGAGCGUGCAAAGAACCCAUGAUGGUUAUAGUUACCGAGCUUCUACUAGGUGGCACAUUGCGAAAAUAUCUAGUGAGCUUACGGCCAAAGCGUUUAGACAUUCGUUUGGCUGUUGGAUUUGCUCUUGACAUUGCUCGUGCAAUGGAAUGUUUACAUUCCCAUGGAAUCAUUCACCGCGAUCUUAAACCAGAGAAUUUGAUCUUAUCAGCAGAUCAUAAGACAGUGAAACUUGCUGAUUUCGGUUUAGCUAGAGAAGAAUCAUUAACCGAGAUGAUGACCGCAGAGACUGGUACAUACCGAUGGAUGGCCCCAGAGCUUUAUAGUACGGUUACGUUAAGGCAAGGAGAGAAGAAACACUAUAACCAUAAAGUAGAUGCUUACAGCUUCGCCAUUGUCUUGUGGGAACUUAUACUCAACAAGUUACCAUUUGAAGGCAUGUCGAAUCUACAAGCAGCCUAUGCUGCUGCAUUCAAGAACUUGAGGCCGAGUGCAGAAGAUUUACCAGGAGACUUAGAGAUGAUUGUCACUUCAUGCUGGAAAGAAGAUCCUAACGAACGGCCAAAUUUCACAGAGAUAAUCCAAAUGCUCCUCCGUUACCUCACAACUGUUUCAUCAGCACCACAGAUCAUUCCUCCACCGAAUCGACGAGUUUUCUCUUCAGAAAACAUAGUUUUAUCACCGGAAUCUCCCGGAACAUGCUCUCUGAUGUCUGUCAGAGACGGAGAUGUUUCUCGUCAGACCGUUAACACGGCAGAUUCAUCAGAGAAACAAACAAAAGGAAGCUUCUUCUCCUGCUGCUCAUAGAUGAAAAAUUUAUAAUAUAUUUGGUUGUAAUCUGUAAAAAUAACGAGAGGAAAGUAUUAUUAAGCUUAGAAUUUAGAUCACAGUAACAAAAAAAUUUUAUUGUUCGUGUAUAAAAAUUAUUAAGCCUGGAACUU